ACCUAUUAUAGGUUGUCCAUUUAAAGACUGUCCACAUUUCUAAACGUCUUAGUCCUGAAAUAUCCUACACCAUCUGCCUCUUCACAAGUGCAAAUGUAUCGAAAAAUAAUUGCGUUGGUCGUCAUGUCACUUCCACUGAUUCUGAGCCCCCAGGUUUUUGGGCUCACGACAGACGGUUUGAUCCAUCUGAAGAAUAUUACAGGCAAGCUCAGCUUCAUUCAGAGGGAAGGAAAUGUGACUUAUCUGCGGGACAAGGAGCUGGCCACGGAAGUUCCAACCGAGACAAAGUUUGAACUGUUCGAUCCAAGGAACACUUUACGCACUGCCAGAUUCAACUAUACCUGGGACUUCGGCAACGGAGAGGUGCUGAAGGGAUCGGAGCCGUCUGUGCACUAUAACUACUCAUCCCCUGGAAACUACACUCUGCGGCUGAGAGUUGGGGCCCAAGUGAACAAAACCUCUACUCCACUAACUGGGGUAUACACCAUGGACGUUACAGUUUUGGACGCCAUCAGAAAUAUUGAAUUGAGCCCUUUGAGUUUCCAGGUUUCCAGAAACAACAGUCUGGUUGUUCAUGUGGAUGGAAGUCCUCCCAUGUGGGUCUGUUGGAGGUUCCUACAGAACUGUGAUUCAGCAACCCCAACAGGCUGUCACCUGACCAUGCUGUAUGAGAACACCAUGACACUGAACCACACCUUCACAGCUUUAGGAGUCCACUGUCUGGACAUCAGCGCCCGCAACGACAUCAGCAAACUGCAGACCUCCUACAACAUCUUUGUGAGGAGAGAUCCCUCUUUUAACCUGCUCUUCAUCAUGAUGUGUGCUUGGAUUGUCUUGGCAAUCCUCGCCUUCAUCGCUGUUAUAGCCUGUCGCCACAAGAAAGGACGCAACAGCAAUCCACAGAUGUCUAAGUCCAGUAACGCCACUUACUCCAGUAUGAACAUGGAACUGCAGCCACAACAGGACAUCCCUGAUAUCAGUAGUGAUCUCUAUGUGUCCAGGCCAAAGAACGAAGAGGUCCAACCCCUUCUACAGCACGGGACCAGAUCUGUCGCCAAAUCCUACCGCAACUAGUCUUCAUUUAUACACUUUGAUUUGAGCUUGUUGAUAGUUUGCUAUCAAUGUAUAGUUUGAGAUUAAUAUACAUUACCAGUCAAAAAUAUGGACACACCUAAUCAUUACAGGAUUUUUCUUUAUGUUUACUAUUUUCUACAUUGUAGUAUAAUAGUGAAGACAUCAAAACUAUGAAAGAACACAUAUGGAAUCAUGUAGUAGGGGGGGGGGGGGUAUUUGGAUCCCCGUAUGCUGAUAGAUGAGACCUGCUAGUAACUCUGUAGGGAACGGUUCUGAUGGCUAUUACUUCAAGAUACUGGCUGUCAACAUCUAUAGUACAUGUUUACAAAAUGAUUGGAUUUUUUUGGAAUGCCAAGAAAGUCAAUGAUGAAAGUAAAGAUAAAUCAAGUGUCUUUGUCAGCAAGAAGUCUUGUUAUAUUUACAUUGUUAUACACUGGUUUUUGUCCCCCAAAAUUGAUGUAUUUGUUGGGUAAUCGACAUCUGUCGCCGUUAUUUCUACAUAUUUAUCUUGCUGCUCAUGACUACCAAAAGGUACCAUCGUUAUUUAUUUGAAUGGUAUCUUACAAUACAAUCUAACUUGAGAUGUAGGCCUUCUUCAUGUUAUAUACCCACAAUCAUUAAAUAAUAUGAAUUGUUA